UGAUGCUCCCCAAAGACUGGCUCUACCCCCUCGGCUCGACUGCCCCUACAAUGUGGCUCCUGCUUCUCCAGGUCGGGACCGGGGUUUUAAAAUAAAAUGGAUGAUUUGACGUUACUUGAUCUCCUGGAGUGCCCUGUGUGCUUUGAAAAGCUCGAUGUCACAGCCAAGGUCCUCCCCUGCCAGCACACCUUCUGCAAACCAUGUCUCCAGAGGAUUUUCAAGGCCCACAAGGAGCUGAGGUGCCCGGAAUGCAGGACCCUGGUGCUCUGCAGCAUCGAGGCGCUGCCAGCCAACCUGUUGCUGGUGCGUCUGCUGGACGGUGUGCGCUCUGGACAGAGCUCGUGGAGAGGGGGCUCCUUUCGCAGGCCUGGGAUCCUGACCUUGCAGGACAACAGAAAAGCCAAGAGCAGCCCUCGAAGUCUGCAGGCCAGCCCUUUCCGGCUGGUGCCCAGCGUCCGGAUCCACAUGGAUGGGGUACCUCGAGCCAAGGCCUUGUGCAACUACAGAGGGAAGAAUCCUGGUGACCUGAAGUUUAAUAAAGGAGAUGUCAUUCUCCUUCGGAGACAGCUUGACGAGAACUGGUACCAGGGGGAGAUCAAUGGGGUCAGUGGGGUCUUCCCAGCCAGCUCUGUUGAAGUCAUCAAGCAACUGCCCCAGCCACCCCCGCUCUGCAGGGCCCUCUACAACUUUGACCUUCGAGACAAGAAUAAGAGUGAGAAGCAGGACUGCUUGACCUUCCUCAAGGAUGACAUCAUCACAGUGACCAGCAGAGUGGAUGAGAACUGGGCAGAAGGAAAGCUGAGAGAUAGAGUAGGCAUCUUCCCCAUCUUGUUCGUGGAGCCGAACCUCACAGCAAGACACCUCCUAGAGAAGAACAAAGGGCAUCAGUUAUCACGCACCAAAAACCUGUCCCUAAUGUCUUCACCAUCCAGAGGCAAAGCAACCAACACAUCCAGCCUCCGAAAGAGCCCAGGGUCCAGGAGGAAGGGGUCUGGGCAAUCCAUCACAACAACUUUGAACACACUCAACCGCGUGGUCCAUUCUCCUGAAGGUCACCCGAUGAGGGAAGCCAGCACCCCGGUGCUCAUCAGCUCCAGCAGUCCCUCUGUGUUCACACAGCAUGGGGACAAGGCAGACUUCCCUGCCAGCCCUACAGGACAGGUCAGCACUUCUCACCUUGUGCCUGCCUCCCCAGGACAUUCCACAGCCGUGAUCAGCAUGCCCAGCUCCCAGCAACACCUCUCUUCCAACAUGUUUGUAGCCCUGCACUCUUACUCAGCCCACGGACCUGAUGAGCUGGACCUGCAGAAGGGAGAAGGCAUCAGGGUUCUGGGAAAGUACCAAGAUGGCUGGUUGAAGGGUCUCUCCUUAGUCACAGGGCGAACUGGCCUCUUUCCAAGCAACUAUGUCAUCCCUGUUUUCAGUUCAACAAGAAAGACAUCUAGUUUUCCAGAUUUCCGGAGCCCCACUCUCCUCCCCUCAUGGGCGUUAUCCACCUCCUCUGUGUCCUCCCAGGGUAGCCUUUCAGAAGGUAAUCCCCAGCAAAGCCAACCCUUCAAAUCUGUCUUUGUGCCCACUGCCGUAGUGAAGCCUGAGAGGAGCACACCUAGCCCAGGAACUUCGGGACAAGGGUCUCUUCGGAAAGGGCGGAGCAGCGUGAGAAAAAAUGGAUCCCUGCAGAGACCAGUCCAGUCUGGGAUCCCGGCUUUCAUGGUGGGCCCCCUCAGGUGCAGUUCCACCAUGGUGAUCCAGCCUCAGAAGUUCCAGUUGGGUCAGCCACAGGAGAUGACCCCUGCCCUAACGCCAAUGACGGUGGACAUUGGGCCUAAACCCAUUUCCACUGGGGAGCCUGCCCUGACCUGCAUCAACAAAGGUGCCAAGACCAGGGUCCACUCACCAGCCAGUUCUGUCAUCAUGGAAGGCAAAGAAAUAUCCAUCAAGAGUGAGCCACCAGUCAAGCCGCCUGCAUCUGCCCCACCCUCCAUCCUAGUGAAACCAGAAAAUUCAAAAAAUGGAACUGAAAAGCAAGUCAAAACGGUGAGAUUUCAGAAUUACAGCCCUCCUCCCAGCAAACAUUAUGCCUCCCAAGCCACCUCUAGAAAGCUGGAACAGCCAGCCACCUUGAAAGGGCCGCAGCCUGAAGCGCCCCCGUCUGCAGCAGGGAUGACCGUUCUAUUUGCCCACCGAAGUGGCUCUCACUCUGGACAACAGACAGACCUUCGGAGGAAGUCAGCUUUUGGCAAGACCCUGACCUCAGCGCCCACUGCUGCAGCCACACAGACCGUGCUUCCCAGUAAAUGACUCUUCAAGUGGCUUUUCUUAAGACACAAGAGGUGAAUGGCAUGUAAAUACAGUCUGCCUCCACUACACACAUCCUGCUGUUCCUUGAUCUCCCGUUUGAAACCCACAGGAAUGAGAAAGCAGGAGUUCCGAGGCUGGCCUUCUUUCUUUUAGCUCUGGCUGUCCUGGAACUCACUCUGCAGAGCAGGCUGCCCUUGAACUCAGAGAUUAGUGUGCACCACCACUGCCCAGAGCAUUUCUAAACUUAGUGAUUUAAUACAGCCAAGCCCACUGCUUGGGCCAAAGGAUGGGGAAGGUGUCAGUGGUGACCGCUCUUCCUCUGUGCUCAAUGUAUCCUCAGCCAGCCAGAGUAUGGCUGUGGUGAAAUUGCUCUCAGGGCAUCUUUAACCUUGUCGCCAUCUCCCUCUCUUCUCAUCACACUACAACAGCCUCUGCCUUCUGAGGCCACAGCUUCUUCAUUCCCACACAGUCAUAACUCCAGUGGCAAAGAGAGAAUUUGGGGGAAUGGUAUGAGAUGGACAUUUUGAACAUUCUGCGGACCCACCCAAACUGAAGAGGGUUACUUCCUGCGUUUGCUGCAAAUGAGGCCAGAGGGAAUGCUGACUACCAAAUGCCAAGAGAUCGUCAUCCGUUACGCUUCUUGGCCUGUUUCUUCCCAUAUAUUGUACACAGUGGAUACAGGGAGCAUGGAAAGGCAGAUAAGGGAUAUGUAUGCUAGUACAGACUUUUCAUCCUUUCCCUCAAAGCAAAAUGUGCGUGAAAGCAACCUUGAAUGGGCAGUGAGUUUAGAUCUGUAUUCUGCUUGCAUUCCAACAUUUCUGCCCUCCCUGGUUCCUAGCCCUUUAAAGCAGAUGACUAGUUUCCCCUUUAGGACAAUGGGGGCAGGGGAGGGGAGGGAUGGGUAAAUCCUGGAGGAGAGCUGUUACCAAAGGAAGUAGACAGAGAAGGAUGGAGAAGUAGAGAGACGGGAGGAAUAAAGGAAGACUCAUGCAUGAAACAAAUAUAGACGAGAAGGAGGGAUGAAUGAACGUCUCAGGGAAGGAUAUAAAGCAGGUGGUGUGGAAGCACUGUCUACCUCGCUGACAGAAGAGGGAAAGAGACAAGAGUCUGCCAUGGAGAAAGGGCCCAAACCAGGUGACUCGGCACGGAUGCACUGGACUGAGCAGGUCCAGCCAA